UAAACUCACUGCAGAUGUUAAAGUGAACAUAGCCUGGGCAUCCUUUUUAAACCAUGCCUGUAAUUCGUCUCCUGCUACUUCUGGUUUGAUUAACGAGCCAUCAAUAACUCCAUAUAUACCUUUGGCCCUUAAGUCACAUUUCAGUUGGAACUUCCACCGUUGAAAGUUAACGCCAUCAAAUUUACUAACUGUGGAUAUAUCUAUUUCGUCACCCAUUAUUUCAGCUUCAAAUUUCACGGCGACACACGCCACUCUAGUUCUUUCUUUUUACUGGGACAACCCUUAUCCUCGGACACACCGGAAAAGUCUUUAAAUAUACUUUCUUGCUUUUCGGACACACCGAUACAUUUAAACUGAAUAUACGCAGUAGUUAAGUAUGAUCUGGGGCCACAUAACCUAUUAGAUUUUAUAUAUUUAAAUUUAAGAAAGAACUAGAGAUUUUGUGACUUUUCAUAAAAACUGCUUUUUAUUUAUUCAACAACAACCUACUUUAAAAAGAUUUUAAAUAACAACCUAAAGGUUGGUUUAUAUGAACAUUACAAAAACAUAUUCCAAUAAGGUACUCUUCUAAGAUUUUGUGCGUCAUAUAAUAUUCAAUAUCGUUAUAACCCUAGGCCGUAAGAAUCUGAUCAUACGCAAAACAUAGAGUGUAUAGCAUGUUAUCAUCAGUUUUAUUUAUUGACUUCUUAAUUCAUACCAUUCAAGUUUAAAUUAUAGGUCUCUAUGCAUACCAUAUCUCUUUAUUGAUUUUUAGUUUUCAUUAAAAGAAAAUUGAUUUGUUUUUUCGUUCUAGGAUUGGGAGUAUAGACAGACUCGACAAAGACAUCAACUUUUGAAAAGGAUAAUUACGAAGUACAGCAACAUUGAAGAUAACAUUAAUGUCAUUAGGAACUUGGAAUUACAGAGAAGUGAUAUAGACUAAUCAUCAUCAUCAUCAUCAGCCCCUCUAGAUCCACUGCUGGACAUAGGCCUCCCAUGUUUGUAGACAAGUAGACUAAUAGAAUAACAAGUAUAGUGUAAGUACAUGUAAGUAGGUAGGUUAACACCUUGGCUACCGUGUGAGAUGCCAGCAUUUCACACAAAAUAUUGACUGUAAUACCGUGUGAGACGCUGGCUUCCAUUGUUAUUAAAUGAUUUAAAAUGCUCUAAAGCGAGAGUUUUUAGUUUCUCAUAUUGGUUUCAAAAUAAGGAUAAAAUGGUACAAAAUUACAGGUUAUUAGUUUAAGUGAUCGCUAACCAAGGUAUUAAACGUUAAUAAAGGUAUGGUAGUUAUUCGCUCCGAGCGUUAACAAAGUGUCAAAGCAAAAUCGACCGACCUGCUCAUGGUGGCGGUUUUUUGAAAUUUUAUAAGGACGCUUUGUGUAUGUUUAAAUGAGACAUUUAAAAAAAUGUCGUGUCACGCUAGUGAUAUUAUGUAUUAAUAUAAACAGAAAAUAAAAACGCACUAUAAAUUCUUCACUUUCCAAUAUUGAUUAUCAGUUUGAUUUUGUAUGCAUAACCUCACUAUCGCAGUUUAUGUCAAUAAAUAUUUAUUAACGAAAAAGAAAAUAUUUUGUUGCACUAUAAAUUACAGUAUAAAUUAAUAACUAAUGAAUUCUAACAAUUGUAUUCGGUUAUUAUCACUACAAAAUAAAAUAUUCAAGUUUAACAAAAUAAUCCCAUAAGACUCAAUGUUAAAACGUCCUUACAAAAUCUGACAGCGUAUCACGUGACUGUACGUAGAGGGGAGACGCACGGAGCCAAUAUUGUAUGUAGGUACAGUUGAGUCCAUGGUUCUCAUUAAUACCUGGAGAGAUAAAACACAUACUUGUUACUUAGCACCAUUGUGUUCCACACAUGACACUAAAGACAAACCAGCUACUGCCUGUUAUUAAGUAAACAUACAUGUUAUUUUUAUGAACUUUCUAGAUUCAGUACAUUGAAAAAAUAGAGGUGCAAAAAAGACGCUUGGGGACGUUUUCAGAUUUAAGUACAAUUUGCAACAUUUCUGGUUUGUUUAUUGUUUGUUUUUCACAACUAAUUUUAUUUUGGCAUUAAUUUACAUACAAAGUUCACCUCAUUCACACAGAUUGUCAUAACCACUUUCUGCCAAUGGACUCAAAUGUAAAAUUAGUUUAUCAUUUUAUAGUGUAAAUACAAAUAAAAAACUAGUAUUGUAACAAAAGUCAGUGUUUUGUAAGUAGGUAGGUAUUUAUAUCAAUAAAGGUUCUGUUUAGUUACAAUUUAUAGUGGUUAUAUUGUAUGUAGGUUGUUUAAUAUAUAUAGCUGUGUAACAGCGUAGCAAGGGGCUGCGUGCUAGACAUGACAUGGCUAACUUCAAGCCAGUCAACAUGGUUGUCACUUGUAUGAUUUAUUGUAUGUAAGAUGUUUAGUAAGUUUUAUAAAAAUAUAUAAGUUUACUCAGUACUAUGAUUGUUUGACUUAUAACCCAUUAAAUAAAGUAGUUUAAACAUGGCGCAGUCAAACAGCUAAGUGGGUUACAGUUUACAGUCGAAAAGCUAAAUUUAUAGCAACUUGUACACGAGGUACCAUACAUAACCUACAAUGGCAGUGAUGGGAAUAAAUGUAAAAUUACCACCAGAUUUUGACCUGCAGGAUCAAAAUGCUGCAAGCGAAUGGAAGUUCUGGAAGACUAGUUUCGAAGAUUAUUUACUAGCAACGGGACAAGACCAGUCAGCAGAUAAAAUGAAAAUGUCAAUUUUAAGAAAUAUAAUUGGGGCUGAGUCUGCCAAAAUUAUGUCCACAUUCGAGAUCCCAGAAGCCGAAAAUAACAAGUAUGACUUGAUGAUAUCACUAAUCGAUAAGUAUGUUAAUCCAAGGAUGAAUGAAUCAUUUGAAAGAUACAAUUUUAUCAUGAGGGUCCAGAAAGAAGGAGAGUCGUUUGAGCAGUUUCUUACUAGUUGUAGACAUUUGAUUCGAACAUGUAAUUAUAAUGAAAUUGAUCCAGAACAAACAGCCGAAGAUAAAGCUCUGAGAGACAAAAUAUUAAUGGGCAUCAGAGAUCCAGUUACUAGAGAAGCUCUAUUGAGAGUGGACAAACUUACCCUACAAAAAGCCAUCGAAUUUUGUAGAACUAGUGAACAAAGUAAGAACCAAAAUUUGAAAUUUCAUACCGAAAGAAAAGAUGUAGACAUAGGAGAAGUUCGUAAAGAUAGGUACCAGGGCCAUAGAAAUUAUAAUAACUCUAGAAGUAAAGCGAAUACCAAUGAAAAAUUCAAGUGUAAAAGAUGUCAAUCAACUCAUGGGGCCAGAGAAUGUCCAGCGUAUGGAAAGAAAUGUAAGAAAUGUGGGCUUUUAAACCAUUUUGCAAAGUCGUGUAGAGUGAAGAAUAUUGAUGUCAUAGAUGAAGAUAGCAGUGAUGGAUCAGCUGAUAGUUUUGUAGGAAAUGUCAAUAAAGUAUACCAAAAUGUAAGUAGUCAAAAUAUUUGGGAUGAAAUUAUAGAAAUUGAAAACAAGAGAAUUAAAGUAAAACUUGACACAGGUGCAGAUGUAAGUAUAAUUCCAUUAAAAAUUUUUAAGAAAAUUGAUAAACAAUUUAAAAUUAGGGAUAAUCAUUAUGUACUGAAAGGGUUUGAGGGUACUCAGGCUAAAACAAUGGGUGUCGUAAAUUUAUUUUGUAAACAUAAAAAUAAGUAUGUUUACGAGGAUUUUACAAUUAUUAAUGGGGCAACUCGAGUUCUUUUAAGUGGUAAAUUAUGUAUUGAUUUGGGGUUAGUUAAACGAAUCAACAAUAUUGAGAGUUGUGGUACUUUAGAAUUAGCAGAAAGGGAUAAAUUUAUAAACCUUAACCCUGAAGUUUUUAGAGGUCAUGGUAAAUUUUGUGGUAAACAUAGGAUCACUACAGUAGACAAUUUUGAGCCAGUAAGUUACCCACCUGUAAAUGUACCUGUCGCAAUUAGAGAUAAUUUAAAAAAUGAAUUAGAUAGGUUGACAAAAAGAGGGGCAAUUGUCAAAGUUAACGAAAUUGACCCUAGGGCAAGCAUAAACCGCAUUGUUAUUGUGGAAAAGCAAAAUGGUAAGUUACGUUUAUGCUUAGACCCAUUAGAUCUAAACAAACAAAUAGUCCGCAAACCAAGAGUAGUACAUAAAUUGGAAGAUGUUUGUGCACAAAUGAUAGGUAAAAAUAUAUUUUCUGUAUUUGAUCUCUCUGAAGGGUAUCAUCAUUUAGAACUUGACGAGACAUCAUCAUGGAAAUGCUGUUUUGCAACUUCUUAUGGAAUUUUCAGAUAUAAAGUAUUGCCAUAUGGAUUAUCAAAUUCCCAAGAUCUGUUUCAAGAAGUAGUAGAAGAUAAAUUUAAAGGUAUAGAGAAUUUAUUGAUUUGUCAUGAUGAUAUGAUUGUUAUGGGAACAACAAAAGAAGAACAUGAUACAACUGUUAAAAAAGUGUUAGAAAGGGCUAAAGAAGUAGGAGCAAAGUUUAAUGGGGACAAAUUUCAAUAUUGUCAAGAAGAGGUCAGAUUUAUGGGUCAAGUUUUUUCACAUAAAGGGAUGCAAAUAGAUCCUGACAGAGUGGAAUCACUUUGUAAACUUGAAAAACCAAAUAGUAAAGUAGAAUUACAAAGAAUUUUGGGCGCAUUUAAUUACGUUAGACGGUACAUUCCGAACAUGGCUGAACAUAUUCAACCUCUUUGUCAAUUACUUAAAAAUAAUGUAGAAUGGGUGUGGCUCCCGUCACAUCAAAAAUGUUUUGAUAAUUUAAAGAACAUAAUUUGUAAAUCACCAGCGUUAGUCCCUUAUGAUCCUAAUCAAAAAAUUAUUUUACAAUGUGAUGCAUCUAAAAAUGGUUUAGGUGUUUGUAUGUUCCAGAAAUAUGAUUCUAUUUUAAAAUUAGUAGCUUGUGCAUCACGAAAUAUGAAUGAUAGUGAAAUAAAUUAUAGUCAGACUGAGAAGGAACUAUUGGCAAUUUAUUAUGCUACUCAAAAAUUUCACAAUUUUAUUUAUAAUUUUGAUGUUGACGUUCAAUCAGAUCACAAACCUAUAAUCUCCAUUAUGAAGAAGCCAAUUUCCAAAAUUGGAUCAGUUAGACUCCAACGUUUAAGGCUUAAACUUCUCAAGUACAGAUUAAAUGUAUAUUUUGUUCCUGGGAAAGACAUACAUUUUGCUGAUAUGCUAUCUAGGUCCAGUUUAAAUAUAGAGACACAUGACCCAGAAAUGUUUGAAAUGGUCCACUCAGUGAGUAAACAUUUACCUAUGAGCCAGGAAAAGCAAUCUGAGUUAAGACUAGCUACUAGCCAGGAUGAGGCAUUAGCAGUAAUUUUUGAUUUUUAUUAUAAUGGGUGGCCAAAAGAAAAAAAUGUUCCUCAAGUGUGUAAAAAGUACUAUGGUAUAAGAGAUUCACUGUAUUUUGAAGCUGGCAUCGCAUUUAUUGAUGACAAAAUAAUUAUUCCGAAAAAACUUAGGCUUGACAUGAUAAAAUUGCUUCACAAAGGCCAUAUAGGAGUCAGUAAAACUAUAAACAAAGCCAGGAGUAUAUAUUAUUGGCCAGGACUUAAUGAUGAUGUGACAAACUAUAUAAAAAAAUGCAGGAUAUGUGAGAAAUACAGACCAAAUAAUUUUAAAGAACCAAUGAUGCCUCAUGACAUUCCCAGACUAAGAUUCAAUAAAGUUGGUACAGACAUUUUAGAGUAUGGUUCAAAAGCAUAUUUAGUAAUUGUAGACUAUUUUUCGCAUUGGUUGGACAUUUCAAUAUUAAAAGAUAAAACCUCCAGUUCAGUAACCAACUCAUUUCAAGAUACUUUUAGUAGAUUUGGAUAUCCAGAAAUUUUAAUUGCAGAUAAUCUACCAUUUACUUCGGUAAAAUGUAAAAAUUAUUAUAGAGAAAAAGACAUUACAAUUAUGACAUGCACUCCACAUUACCACCAGAGUAAUGGACUUGCAGAAAAAGCAGUCAAUAUAAGCAAACAAAUUUUAAGAAAGAGUAAUGAGGAAAAUGUUGAUUUUAGAGAUUUGGUGAUGGAAUAUAAUAAUACCUGCAUAAUAAAUCUUGAUGCAUCUCCAGCUCAAAUUUUACAGAGCAGGAUCCUGAGAGGACAAUUACCAACUACAGCUAAUAAAUUAGAACCUACAAUCCAGAAACAAGUAUAUAAGAAUUUAUGCAAAGAAAAAGAGAAAUUACAAGUACGUUAUGAUAAGACAGCACGAAGAAAACCAGUAGAGUUUAGAAAGGGAGAUAGGGUAGUAAUAAGAAGUUCAAAAGAUAAUUAUUGGCGUAAAGCAAUUGUGUUAGAAAAGGCCAAUGAACCUAGAUCAUAUUGGGUGAAAAAAGAAGAUAACAAUAAAAUUAUUAGACGGAAUUCACACCAAAUGAAACAUUCAUACACCACAACACUUGAAAAAGAACUCAUUUUAGAACCCGAGUUGUACCCUGAUAUUCAGUCACAAAGUGUUCAUAAAGAUACCACUCACAUUAACGUAAAUGAUAGUGUUAAUAAAACCAUUAGUUGCCCAAGCCCAAAUGUAAAAUCAGUACCUACAUUGAGUCAUAAAGUCAACCCAAAUAUUGAGACUUCUAACAGUUAUAAGACGAGAGUUGGUCGUAAUAUAAAGACCCCUUAUAGAUAUCGAUCUUAGGGGGAAGGUGUUUAAUAUAUAUAGCUGUGUAACAGCGUAGCAAGGGGCUGCGUGCUAGACAUGACAUGGCUAACUUCAAGCCAGUCAACAUGGUUGUCACUUGUAUGAUUUAUUGUAUGUAAGAUGUUUAGUAAGUCUUAUAAAAAUAUAAAAGAUUACUCAGUA